AUGUCUUACGAACUCCCUCCAUGGGAGGAACCGAUCUUGAUCGCAGCCGUAAGCGGACAGGUUGCGGUAGUAAAGGCAGAAUUAGAGAAUGGCAAAGACGUGAACUAUCGCGAUAUGGAACACCGACGAACCUGCCUGUUCUGGGCUGUCGAAAAGGGAGACGAAGAUCUUGUGCGCCUUCUCCUUGAAUGGUCUGCUCAAGUCGAUGCUCUAGAUGGCCAUGGUCGGACACCCUUGCCACAGGCAGUGGAGAAUGGAAAUGAAGCUGUCGUCGAGCAACUCCUGGAAGCAAAAGCUGAUCCCAAUUCUUUCGAUCAUGCUGGCAGUGUGCCGUUGGUAAUCGCCGCUCGUGAAGGGUUUACACCCAUCAUCAGAUCCUUGCUGAAGGCCGGCGCGAACCCUGAUGCUCGGGACUGGCGCUUUGGUCGUACUGCACUGUCAUAUGCAGCGAGAAAGGGGCACGAGGAUAUCGUGAAAUUAUUGCUGGACAACAAUGCCGCUAUUGAUCUGGAGGAUGAGUGUGGUCGAAGUCCUCUCGCUUGGGCUGCUAUGAAAGGCCAUGCGAAUGUGGUGGAACAAUUGGUGGCCCGAAAUGCCAACGCAGAGACGGAAAAUGACACCGGCGAAACACCAUUCUCAUUAGCAAUGGAGGGCGGCCAUGAUGCCGUCGUCAAGAUCCUAACGGGGAGCUUGCGGGAAUUAUUCAAGACCGUCAAACCUGAGUACGAUCUCACUCAUCCCAACGACGGUGAAAUAUUGAUGUGGGCUAUCGAGAAUGAUCGUGAGGAAGAUAUCCAGCUCCUCAUUGAGCAAGGUGCAGACCUCGAUCAUCGGCACGAGAAUGGAAUGACGCAACUUUCAUGGGCUGCACGAAAGGGUCUGCUCGACUUGGUGAAACUCAUAUUGGAAUCCAAUGCCAACCCGGAUUCCGCAGAUAUGUCAGGUCGAACUCCUCUCAUUGAAGCCGCAGAAAGCGGACACGCCGACGUGGUCCAGAUUCUGAUUGAGAAAGAGGUUGACCUGGAACACAAAGAUGAGGAUGAUAUGACACCCUUACUGUGGGCAGCCUGCAACGACCAUGAUACAGUUGUUUCCAUGCUUUUAAACGCCGGGGCAGAUCUCAAUGCCGAGGACAAUAAUUCGCGGACGCCAAUUGUUUAUGCGGCCGAAAACGGAAAUCAAUCAAUAGUCUCGCUGCUGCUUGACAAAGGCGCAUCACCGGACGAUGGGCUAGAAGAUUCGCCUCUAAUGAACGCUAUAAGCGAGCGCAAUAAGGCUCUUGUGAAAUUGCUGCUGGAUAAAAAGGCGGAUCCUUACUCUGAAUUGUAUGAUAUCUGCGAGUAUCCACCUCCUUCACAUGCAGCAACACAGGGCGAUGAGGAAAUCUUGAAGUUGCUGUUAGGAGCGAGGUCAGCAACAAAUGAAACAAGGCAGGAUCAUAUGCGGAGGGCUCUAAUUGCUGCUUGUGAAGAGGGAGAGACCAAGAUGGUCAAACUGCUACUUGAUCAACAUUCAUUGGAGGGCAUGGAGAUUGAUGUGGAUUCGAGCCCAUUGGAGAGGGCAGAGUCCGAAGGCUAUGAUGAUAUUGUCAGUCUUUUACGGCCUUACUACCAGGCCUAG